AUGCAUACACGAAACAUUUUGGUCGUUUUGAUUUUAUCAUUCUCUCUUUAUCUAUCUAUCUAUCUAUCUAUCUAUCUAUCUAUCUAUCUAUAUUUUUUCUUUUCGUAUCUAUCUAUCUAUCUAUCUAUCUAUCUAUCUAUCUAUCUAUCUAUCUAUCUAUCUAUCUUUUCGUAUCUCUCUAUAUAUCUAUCCAUGUCUUUUCGUAUUAGUCUAAGUCUUUUCGCAUCUAUCUAUCUAUCUAUCUAUCUAUCUAUCUAUCUAUCUAUCUAUCUAUCUAUCUUUUCUCUAAGUCUUUCUUUCUCUAUCUAUCUAUCUAUCUAUCUAUCUAUAUCUAUCUUUCGUAUCUAUCUAUCUAUCUUUUUUCGUAUUAGUCUCUUUAUAUCUAUCUAUCUAUCUAUCUAUCUAUCUUUUCUAUCGUUUCUCUAUCUAUCUAUCUAUCUAUCUAUCUAUCUAUCUAUCUAUCUAUCUUUUUUCAUUUCUAUCUAUCUAUCAUCUAUCUAUCUAUCUAUCUAUCUAUCUUUCAUGACUCUUCUCUAUCUCAUCUAUCUAUCUAUCUAUCUAUCUAUCUAUCUAUUUUUCUCUAAGAAUGUCUUUUCGCAUCUAUCUAUCUAUCUAUCUAUCUAUCUAUCUAUCUAUCUAUCUAUCUAUCUUUCGCAUCUCUCUAUAUAUCUAUUCAUGUCUUUUCGUAUUAGUCUAUCUUUUGGAUCAUCUUUUCUAUUCACGUCUCAUCUAUCUAUCUAUCUAUCUAUCUAUCUAUCUAUCUAUCUAUAUCUAUCUAUCUCUAAGUCUUUUCUAUCUAUCUAUCUAUCUAUCCAUCUAUCUUUAUUUUUUCUAAGUCUUUUUCGUAUCUAUCUAUCUUUUCUAUCUAUCUAUCUAUCUAUCUAUCUAUCUAUCUAUCUUUUCUUUUUUCGCAUCUAUCUAUCUCUAUCUAUCUAUCUAUUUAUCUUUUCUCUAAGUCUUUUUUUCUAUCUAUCUAUCUAUCUAUCUAUCUAUCUAUCUAUCUAUCUAUCUCAUCUUUAUUUUUUCGUAUUAGUAUCUAAGUCUUUUCUAUCUAUCUAUCUGUCUUUUCUCUUUUCAUUAUCUAUCUAUCUAUCUAUCUAUCUAUCUAUCUAUCUAUCUAUCUUUCUAUCUAUCUUUCUCUUUUUUCUAUCUAUCUAUCUAUCUAUCUAUCUAUCUAUCUAUCUAUCGUAUUUCGUAUCUAUUCAUGUCUUUUCGUAUUAUAUCUUUUCAUGUCUUUUCGUCUAUUAUCUCUAUCUAUCUUUUCUAUCUAUCUCUAUCUUUCUAUCUCUCUAUCUAUUCAUAUCUAUUAGUCUAAGUCUUUUCGCAUCUAUCUUUCAUCUAUCUAUCUAUCUUUUCUCUUUCUUUCUCUCUAUCUAUCUAUCUUCAUGUUUUCGUAUCUCUCUAUAUAUCUAUUCAUGUCUUUUCGUAUUAGUCUCUUUUCGCAUCUUUUCUAUCUAUCUAUCUAUCUCUAUCUAUCUAUCUAUCUAUCUAUCUCUCUAUCUAUUCAUGACUUUUCUUUUUUUCGCAUCUAUCUAUCUCUAUCUAUCUAUCUAUCUAUCUUUAUCUAUCUUUCUCUUUUCUAUCUAUCUAUCUAUCUCUAUCUAUCUAUUUUUCUCUAAGUCUUUUCUCUAUCUAUCUAUCUAUCUAUCUAUCUAUCAUCUAUCUAUCUAUCUAUCUAUCUUUUUUCGUAUCUCUCUAUAUCUAUAUAUUAGUCUAAGUUUUUCAUGUCUUUCUAUCUAUCGUAUUAGUCUAAUCUAUUCUUUUUCUAUUAGUCUAUCUUCUUUCUAUCUAUCUAUCUAUCUAUCUAUCUAUCUUUUCUCUAAGUCUUUUUCUAUCUAUCUAUCUAUCUAUCUAUCUAUCUAUCUAUCUAUCUAUCUAUCUAUCUAUCUUUUCUCUAAGUCUUUUUCUAUCUAUCUAUCUAUCUUUUCGUAUCUCUCUAUAUAUGUAUUCAUGUCUUUUCGUAUUAGUCUAAGUCUUUUUCUAUCUAUCUAUCUAUCUAUCUAUCUAUCUAUCUAUCUUUUCUCUAUCUAUCUAUUUCUAUCUUUUCGUAUCUAUCUAUUCAUGUCUUUUCGUAUUAGUCUAAGUUUUUUCGCAUCUAUCUAUCAUCUAUCUCUAUCUAUCUAUCUAUUUAUCUUUUAUCUUUUUUCUAUCUAUCUAUCUAUCUAUCUAUCUAUCAUCUAUCUAUCUAUCUUCUAUCUCUUUUUUUUAUCUAUUAUCUAUCUAUCUUUUCUAUCUAUCUAUCUAUCUAUCUAUCUAUCUAUCCUUUCGUAUCUCUCUAUAUAUCUAUUCAUUCGUAUUAGUUCGUUUUUUUCUAUUCAUUCAUCAUCUAUCUAUCUAUCUUUUCUAUCUAUCUCUCUAUAUAUCUUUCAUCCUUUCUAUCUAUCUUUUCUAUCUAUCUUUUUUUCUCUAAGUUUUUCUCUAUCUAUCUAUCUAUCUAUCUAUCUAUCUAUCUAUCUUCUAUCUAUCUAUCUUUCGUAUCUAUAUAUCUUUCAUGCCUUUU